AUGAGUUUGCAAGAAAUCCCAAAGGAAACUCUAGACCUGUACAACAAGUCGAAAAUGGGAUCUAGAAAUCUGAGUUCUCAAGUGGAGACUCAUUUGGAAAUGUGCGCUGCCACGCAAACUGCCGUUGACGAAUGCUUCAAGGCAAAUGGAUCCAAAAUUAGCGAAGCAACCAACUUCCCAGAGCCAUGUGUCGAUCUUGCAGUGAACCACAUGGAAUGCAGUAUUGCAAAGCGAGAAAAUGCAAUCAAAAUUGCCGAAAAGUUGGCAGGAAAGGCUGCUGUAGAAAAGGUGUUUCCUAAGUAUGAAGAGAACAAGAAUAAGGCUCUCGAUUUGAUUGCCAUGUACAAGAGCAACGCUGCUGGUGGCAAAUUGAACAAGGAUGUCUUUUGGGGAUAA